AUGACCGUCCGAAGAAUGGAGAGAGACCUGAAUCUCAAUCGGCCGAGCGAUGACAACGGCACGAUACACGUCGUCAUUGCAGACGGAGACACUCUUGAUGGUGUGCCUGUGGCUAGCAGGUUUCCCAUCGGUCAACGGAUAACAAACGGCGUUGGCGCCAUGGCGGGAGCGCAGAGCAAUGGCUUGAUUCCCGAGGGUGGUGGCGGCACCCAAGCGGUUGUUUAUGGCGGUGUGGGGGAAUGGAAAAGACGUGAUGACGAUGAAAAUCCUUGGUCUCGCUGGGCAAUGAUUGGCAAGCGCAUUUCCCACGUCGCCCACGUUCCGACGGAGAGGGAUCCAACACCCGGUCGCCUCGUGCAGCAAGCCAGCGAAAGGAAGAGAAACAUGGCAACCAAACAACGCAGCAUCGACCAGGUCUUGGCGUCAAUGAUGACCUGGAGAUUCUGUGGCGGCUCUGACUGGUCCUGA